UCCGACAAGGUGGCGAUUUUGAAAUUCGCACUUUGCUGCAAGGCUGCGGAGGAAGAAAGCAAGGGAGGAGCGGCUGCAGAAGAGGAAGGUUAGCCUCCGGAGGUUGGAAGGAUGCCUCCUCCGCGCAACUGCAAGAACGCCAGCGUCAAGCAGUCCUGGCCGGGCAGAGCCGUCCCAAUGGUCAAGAACGGCCAGGAUGAGAAGGAGGAGAGUUCUCAGGUCAAGCGGUCCCCCUCCUCUCCCCAAGGGGCACCCAAGAAGCGUUCUGUGUUUGGGGAUAUCACCAACGCUCACAAGACAUGGCAUAUUUUGGGAAAGAAGGAGGCACCAGAGAUGGCAAAGGGGGCAGCCAAGAAGGUGUCAAAGGGAACCAGGGUGCUGCCAGCUAUUGCCAAGAACAAUGAGAUCAACCUGAAAAAGUCCCUGAACAGAGUUCCUUCUGAGGACCCUCCAGCCGCUCCAUCCGACCCUGAGGUCAAGAAGGACCUGGCCAAGAGCGAUGAUCCCUCCUGGAAGGCAGAGGAGCCGGAGGGGCUGGUGACGCCAAUUGAGGACAUCGACAAGGGGCAACUGGAUGACCCUUAUGCCAGCGCCGAAUACGCCAAGGAUAUCUUUAUCUACAUGCGUGAACGCGAGGAGAAAUUCCUGCUCCCCGACUACAUGGAGAAUCAGCCCGACAUCACCACCGACAUGAGGGCCAUCUUGGUGGACUGGAUGGUCGAGGUGCAGGAGAACUUUGAGUUCACCCAUGAGACUCUUUACCUGGCAGUCAAGCUGAUGGAUCACUACCUGGUCAAGGUGACUUCCAUGCGGGACAAGCUGCAGCUCAUCGGCUGCACGGCCAUCCUGAUCGCCUCCAAGUUUGAGGAACGCUGCCCGCCUUGCGUGGAUGACUUCCUCUACAUCUGCGACGACGCUUACAAGAGAGAGGAGCUCCUCGCCAUGGAAAUAAGCAUCUUGCAGACGCUCCACUUUGACAUCAACAUCCCCAUUGCUUACCGCUUCCUCCGGCGUUUUGCCAAGUGUGCCCACGCCAACAUGGAGACCCUGACCCUGGCCCGGUUCAUCUGUGAGCUGACCCUGCAGGAAUACAACUUCGUCCAGGAGAGCGCCUCCCAUUUGGCCGCCAGCUGCCUCCUCCUGGCUCUCAAGAUGAAGAAGCUCGGCGGCUGGAAUCCCACGCUGGAGUAUUACAGCGGCUACAAAGCUGAGGAGCUGCCUGCCCUGGUGAAGAGGCUCAACUUCCUGCUGACCUACAGCCACGACCAAAGGCUCAAAGCCGUGCGGAGCAAGUACUCCCACCGGGUCUUCUUUGAGGUGGCCAAAAUGGCUCCCAUGGACAUGAUGGAGCUGGAGGGGGCUUUAAAGAGCUAGCCCUGGCCAGGCAGGGGUCCAGAGCCCCUGGCCCAAGGCGCCACUGCAGAGAAGCCGCAGUGUACAUAACACUUGUAAAUAGAAGUGUGCUUUUAGCCUCGGAGGCCUGUAUAUAAUGUGUAUUUGUGUUCAUUUUAUUGUUUUAAAAAAAUUGAGGGGGGGGGAAAGAGGGAAAGGAAAAUAAGAAAAGUUAAUACUGUUUCAGAGAGGGAUCUGUUUGCUUGAAGUAUUA